UAGCACAGGUGAGCCCGUCAGUCUGGUAUCUGCAAACACAAGCUCCAGGAUGUCGUGGACAUCACUUUUUGCAACCGCUGUCGCCUUGACGACUACGUGGGAGGUUGAAAGUAAGAAUUUAAACCCGACAAAAGUUGAUUUAGGAGGCGGACUCUCUAUGCUGUUGGUCCGAGCAGUAAGGACUGUGAGUGGGAACUACAGAGCCCGGAUGAACCUCUGCUGCUACGACACUUGUUACUGGAACUUUGGUGUAGAGGCGGAGUACAACAGCAACGGCAAGUAUUCUGACAUCUUCUGGCCACCGAGGUCCGUCUUCCCGCCAUGUGACUCCACCAUCCAAAAGAAAAUAAAGAAGAGCAGCAUCGAUAAGAAACGACUGAGAGAGAUUAAAAGAAGCUACUUGACGAAUCUUGGACUAAAAAGAAAAGAUGUGAAGAGGGUGUCGCAGAAGGUGGAGCUGGUUCUCAGGGAAAUCAACGGGAUCAUCGAACCUGUCGUCUUUGCUGACGUCAUCUACGAGAACGCACACCAAGCAGUUCGCUUCGUCGCCCAGUUCGCCGCCUUGACGGGCGAGUUGGUCUUCGUUCACGACAAACUGUUGCUUGAGAAGGUGCAAGAGUCACAGGAAUCAUUAGACAGCGACAACAGCGACAGUGAGGACAGGGACGACAGAAGCGAUAGUAACGAGAACAUCAAGGGGAGCGAAACGGUGUGUGCGAUCGGAUCAGGUGGAAACCCUCUGACCGGGUACAUCAGCUACGGCUCGGGUACCAACGACACUUGCCUGCCUGUGGCAGCCAACAGGAACAAAUGCAGCCUCUACCUGGAUGGAGUGGGUCAGGUGAGGAGCGGCAGAGGACACCCCAGAGGAUGUCUGGACUCUCCCCCGAUCUCCUUCCCCUGUGACGUAGGGCUGUAUGACGCGGUGAAUGAAGCGCCCUCUGUCGGCUUGGAUGCUAUGCGAGGGAUUUACCUCGCGAGAGAUGUUUUGAGAGAGUUGAACAUAGAAGUUCCAGCAAGUUGUCAGGUGGACGUAUGCGUUAACUUCGGCAACCAUCUGCAAAACUCCAUGUGGACAGGGAAAUCCAUUUUGGUAGGCGACGGUCGGGAGGGUAGAAGCUACCCGUUCUCCACACCCGACUGCAUGUGUCAUGAGUUUGCUCACUGCCUCACGGACUCCUGGUCAGGGCUGUUGAUGAACGGUCAGGCCGGCGGCAUCAAUGACGCAUUUUCGGAUGCUUUUAGUCAGGUGUGCAAAUUAAACAUCGGGGGACCAUCUUGGACAGUCGGAGAAACCAACUUCUAUGACGGCAGUGGAUCGACACCUAUUCGGUAUUUUGAAGAUCCUACUUUGGAUGGUUACUCCAUCGACAACGCCGCCAACUACACCGAGGACCUCGACAGCCACUUGUCGUGUGGGGUCUACAACAAAUUUUUCUUCUGUCUUUCCGUGGAUAAGGGGUGGGACCUUUGAACUCUUUGUACCUUCUGCUACUCACCAACCUCAUCAGCUGGCAGCCCGAGACCACGUUUGAGGAGGGAGCCUGCGCAGUCCUCCGCACCGCCCCCGCCUUUGACUUUGAUGUGACGAGUGUGACAGAGUGUUUCAACAGGGUGGGGCUCCUUCAACCACCCGACUCCUGCCCACCAACGGGUAUGGGAUUAGUUGUUUCCCCGCUUC